CGCGUAGAAUUUUUUUAGUAAAUUAUUCGGUAUAAACAAUAUAUCUUAAUAUGGGUAGUCUGUCAUAUAACUUUAAAAUAUGUAACAAUCAAAGUACGUUAUGUUUACCGAGAGGUUCUCAAUUUCUCUUAAUCUUCUGUGUGGCUUUGAAGUUAUUAGAAAAGUAACUGCUAGUCGAUCCAAAUUUGGUUAAUCAUUCGGUCUCGACUUUGUUUAAACGUGGUAGAAGACCGGAGGUUUUAACUAUUUAAACAAAAAAUGAUUGAUGAAAGUGAAGAUCUUAAACAGGAUCUUAAGCCUAAUCCUCAAGCCAUUAAAGUUGCAGCUGCUUGUGAGCAAAUUGCUCCACCGAAUGUUAAUGAAAAAACAUUUCGUAAUCGUUCAAAAUCCGUCUCUUAUACGUCUAUAUGGCCACGCCAAAAUUCUCAAGCGUUAAAUUUUCCUGUCAAAGUACAUUCUUGGGAACCUACUCUGGAAAAAGCUAUAAAAGCUAUUGUAUCUAUCAAAGCAAAUCAUGUAAGAAGUUUUGAUACCGAAACAUCCGGCGCGUAUUCAGCUACGGGGUUUGUUGUUGAUAAGGAGAGAGGAAUUAUUUUAUCGAAUCGUCACGUUGUAUCGCCAGCACCCAUUGUAGCUCAAGCUAUCUUUACAAACUAUGAAGAAGUAGAAUUACAUCCAAUUUAUCGUGAUCCAGUUCAUGAUUUUGGGUUUAUGAAAUUUGAUCCAUCCAAAAUUAAGUUUAUGGAUUUAGUUCAAAUUCCUCUUAGUCCAGAAAAAGCAAAGGUCGGAUUGGAAAUAAGAGUUGUCGGAAACGAUGCUGGUGAAAAAUUGUCAAUUUUGGCUGGCACAUUAGCAAGACUUGAUAGAAGAGCUCCAGAAUAUGGUAUUGGAGAAUAUAAUGAUUUCAAUACCUUUUAUUUACAAGCAGCAUCUGGAACUAGUGGUGGAUCAUCAGGUAGUCCUGUGCUUGAUAUUGAAGGUCAUGCGGUUGCCCUUAAUGCAGGUGGUGCAAGUUCAGCAUCAUCCAGUUAUUAUCUUCCCUUGGAUAGAGUAAAAAGAGCUCUCAAAUAUCUUCAAAAAGGGGAAGAAGUUCCACGUGGAACUCUUCAAACGGAAUUUGAAUAUUUACCUUAUGAUGAACUUCGACGUUUGGGUCUUAAAUCAAGCAUUGAACAAGAAAUUCGUGAAAAUUUUCCAGAUGAUACUGGGUUAUUGGUUGUUCGUACUGUUUUACCAAAAGGGCCAGCUGAUGGUUUACUUGUACCUGGUGAUAUUGUCAUUCGUGCAAAUAAAAAGAUGAUAACCAAUUUCACGCAUUUAUUCUCAAUAAUUGAUGAUUCAAUUGGUGAAGAUAUAGAACUAACCAUAUGUCGAGGAAAAGUUCAAAUGGAUGUUAAGAUAAAAAUUCAAGAUCUUCAUUCAAUAACACCAAAUCGUUUUGUCGAAAUUGGUGGUGGAAUAGUUAACGAGCUUUCAUAUCAGCUUGCUCAUUCUUAUUCGCAACCUGUUGGAGGUUCAUUUGUUGCUACUAGUGGUCAUAUGCUUGCUAGCGCGUCAGCUUGGCGUAAAUGUGUAAUCGUUAGUGUUAACAAUAUUCCUACUCCAAACUUGGAUGCAUUUAUUGAAGCUAUGAAAACUUUGCCUGAUGGUGCUAGAGUACCAUUGAGAUUUUAUUCUUUAUCCAAAGUUUAUAAGGAAAAAGUUAUGAUUAUGCAUGUGGAUCGACAUUGGCACAAAUUCCAAGUAGCUACCCGAGAUGACAUGACUGGAUUAUGGAAUUAUGAAGUCAUGCCCCCCCCUCCAGCCAUUCAUUCAUACGAACCUGCUACAGCACAAAUUCAAAUUUUGGAUGGAUCAUUACAUCCUGCUGGAAAAAUUUGGCCUUCAUUUGUUGCACUGGAUUUUCAUUUACCAUAUCUUGUUGAUGGAAUGAAAAGUACACAGUUUUACGGAGCAGGAGUGGUAUUAUCUACUGAACCGCCAUUGAUUAUAUGUGAUCGAGACACAAUUCCCAUAAAUGUUGGAGAUAUUUUUAUUACUUUUGCUAAUAGUAUUAUUAUACCUGGAAAAUUACUUUAUCUUCACCCAAUGUAUAAUUAUGCUAUUCUCACUUAUGAAAAAAGAUUAUUGGGAGAAACUCCUGUUAAAGCAAUUGAGUUGAGCGAUAAAGAAUUAGUACAAGGUGAUUCUGUUUAUUUGGUUGGAAUUGGAGGAGAUCAUUCACCCGUAAUGAAAAAAACUAUUGUUACAAGUAUUGGUAAUGUUGGUACGAAAGAAUGUAGUCCUCCAAGAUGGAGAGCUAUGAAUGUCGAGGGAAUUAGGGUGGAUGACCCUGUAGGUUCACAAGGUGGUGUAUUAUGUGAUGCCGAUGGAAAGGUGCAAGGACUGUGGUUAAAUUACUCUUCUCAAAAUGAAAAAAACAAGGACAUUACAUUCAUGAGUGGGCUACCAAUAUCUUUGGUAAAACCAGUUUUAGAACCACUUAAGCGUGGAGAAUUUCCCAAAUUACGUGGUCUUGAUGUUGAAUUUUGGACAAUGAGAAUUGCAGCAGCAAGAGCCCUUGGUUUAUCUGAUGAAUGGGUUAAAAAAGUUGAAUCAACACCAAAUUCAAAACACACUUUAUUAUAUAUUUUAAAUAUACUUGAUUCAACAAGUUCUGCAGGAAAAUUAUUAGAAGUAGGAGAUCUUGUUUUAAUGAUGAAUGGUCGUAUGGUAACAAGGAUGUCAGAUUUAUCUGCAGCUUUUCAUUAUUCUGAAGAAGUCGAUAUGGUAAUAUUACGCGAUGGUAAAGAGAUGAAUAUCAAAGUAGCAACAACACCUUAUUAUGGAAAAGAAACAGCACGGAUUAUAGGGUGGUCAGGUGCUCUUGUGCAAGCACCAUAUAGAGCAGUAUUGGAACAAGUUAGAAAUGUACCAACAGGUGUAUAUGUGUCAUGUACAUUAUAUGGUUCACCGGCAUCAGUUUCAUUAAGGCCAGGAAUUUGGAUUGUUGAAAUACAAGGAAGGAAAGUAAGUGAUUUAGAUUCAUUUUUAGAAGCAAUACACGCACAUGAAAAGGAGAUGAAAGAAAAGUCCGAUGAUGAUAGAAGUGAUUAUGUGCGAAUUAAAACCAUAAGUCGUACAGAAGUCACGAAAGUUGUAGCAAUGAAGUUGGAUCCACAUUAUUGGAGUACUUGGCAAUUAAUUGAAGAUGAUAAUGCAAUAACAGGAUGGAAAUGUGUUGGAGCCUAAUUUUUAGUUAUAGAAUAUUUAUUAGACAUUUUUUUUUCAUUUAAUAUUAAAAUAAAUUAGAUUUUUUUUAUUAUUAUUAUUAUUAU